UAAAACUGUAUGGGGUUUUAUAGGAGUCCUUAGAAAUGGGUUUUUGCCAAAUAAAUUUGACAAUCUGACUCUGCUUUUCAUCUUAAACGACUACGUUUUUGGCAACAUACUUGUCCCUUAGCAGCUAAAUCUAGGAAAAAGAGAAAAGGGCCUUUUGCGCGCAACUACAUACUUGUCCCUUAGCAGCUAAAUCUAGGAAAAAGAGAAAAGGGCCUUUUGCGCGCCACUACAUACUUGUCCCGUUUUCUGUUCGAUAAAAAUCCUCAAUGAAAAUUUGCCUUAGUUUAUAGGAGAUCAUCUAAGUUUGAAUUAUUGAGCAAAGAUGCUGAGACAAUACAUGAAGAAGAAUGAAACAUUACUGAAUCGCUUACUUUUCUACAAUCCUUAUAAGAGAGAGAUGCACAGUAGAAACAAGAAAGCAAUGGAAUUCAUAGCGAAAGGAUGGAGCGCUUUAAAAGAAGUAGACAGAGUUAUCGAUUACUGCGAACUUAAUGAUUCCCGCUUAAUCCCUCUUCUCAGGACUGCAAAGGAGAAUUUUGAAUUGGCUUUAGAGGCAGACAACUCAAAUACACAUGCUAGGUUUUGGUUGUCAAAAUUGCAUUUGAAGUAUCAUGUUCCUGGUGCGUGUAAAGCUAUAGGAGCUGCUUUAUUAGUUGAAGCUGCAGAUAUGGGUGAUCCAGAGGCACAAUACGAAUUGGGUUGUCGUCUAAGAGUUGAGAAUGACUAUGUCCAGUCAGAUCAACAAGCAUUUUAUUAUUUGGAGAAGGCUGUUGACCAGUUGCAUCCAGGUGCUCUUUAUCUUCUCGGUGCUGUAUAUUUGACGGGGGACUGUGUGAAGCAAGAUUUUGCCUCAGCUUUAUGGUGUUUUCACAGGGCAUCAGAGAAGGGGCAUGCUGGUGCAGCUGUAGCAUAUGGAUCUCUCCUUCUUAGAGGUGCUCAAGUCCCAGAAUCACUAAUGAAAUUCAAAUUAAAGAGGAGUUCCUCUGCCAAAAAGGCAAAGGAUGCUGAAAUCGCUGAGAUGAAUCCAGUAGAGUUGGCAAAAGAACAAUUCCAGAUUGCAGCAAAAGCAGGAUGUGAUCUCGGAUUGAAAUGGUUACAAAGAAUUGAGGAGGAAGAGACACGGCUGCUUAAUGAGCAGCUUUAGAGAUCCCUUAAGAAGCUAGAUGGUGAGCUAUCAAAAAACGUGUAAGCUUAAGUCUACUAAGAUAGAAGGUCAGUACGGCAGUCCAGCAUUCAUCCUAUCGAUGCAUCGAUGGGGGUAGCGAUGGCAUUAGUUCAAAAGUUUUAGGUCCUAAAGUGAUUAAUAGGUUCAAAAGUAAUCGAUCUUUAGAUUUCGAUCACUGGGUUGCAUAAACUUGCUGGGAGCUCUGACGUAAGUAAAUGUAUUUAUUUUCUGCCUUUUCCUUUAGCUAAAAGGGUUACAUUGAUAUCAAUGAUAAAUUAUUAUAAACAA